UCUGACCUCCAAAGCUCCUCGAGCCCCCGGCUUCGGUGAUCGGUACAAGAGUCACUCGGAGCUUCCUGUGUCCAGCACACUUCCAGAGACGACUUCACUCUCUCGGCGAGCUCCGCGGAAAACCUCAAUUACGCGGACGCUAAAUCUCCAGCCGGACAGAAUUGCCGGUUUUCUCGCGAUCUUGCCGGACCUUCGGUUCUGAUACGACGAAACGUGCGCCGUUCGCGAGUUCUCUGUUCGCGGAAGACCCUCCAGGGAGAUCGGCUCCGACAGCGUCAUGGCAGGAAAAUCUCUUUGCCGGGGACUAAUAAUCCUGAGUAUAUUGGCCUGGUGUGCUUACGUCAGCGGAGAUGGGCCGAGACAAGUGAAUUGCGAAGUGUACGUUUAUCAUCCGAACUGCCGAGGGAUGCAGGCGAAAAAGCGUUUCAUGACUUCGGCCGAGAACGAUAAAGCCGACCCGGCUUGUCCUUGUGGUAAUUCGAAAAAGCUGCGGAACAACGAGCUCGAUAAGUUGGCUAAUUCGAAGCUCCUCGAAGCGAUGUUGGCCAAGGGCUUCGAUGUCGACUUGCUUUACGACGCUUACGUCGCGACUGUCGAUCGCCGCAGGAAUUACAACCUGAACAGAGAUCGACCGAACCGCGGAGGCAGCAAGUCGCUACCAAAGGACGGCUCAACGGACUUCAGCAACACGGAAAUCGUCGAAGACUAUUAAUUGGUACGAAACACAGCGCGAGGAGAGGCUACUUUCGCGUCCCCGCGUCGACUCUCCGAACACGAUUGACCCCACUCCAUUUUUUCAAUCCAUUAUAUUCACGAUUAAAUUCACUUUUCAUUUCCUCGUAUCUCAAAUUUUGCGUCGAUUUAAUAUUUAUUCGCGCCUCUGUAAUCGAGCUUUUCUGUUCGCGCCACGAAACGUUGCUUUUUUCAAGGAUGUGCGCUAAGAUUUUUCGUUCUCGAUGUAAACUUUUCUGUGCAUGAGAAAUUUCAGAUCUUUUGCGCUCCCGCGCAAUCGUAAUCGUGCGAUUCAUUGAUAAUUUAUAAAUUUUAUGAAUUUUCAUUAAAAUUAAUCACUUCGGGACUUGUUCGAGAAUCGACCAAUUGUCACUCCGAGCAGCAAUUAAUUCGCUAAAAUCGCACAGCUCUCAGCCCCCUUCUCAGGAAACGGUCUACGUGUCAUUUUUGGAGCAAUCACGCUUGCGUCGACGCACCCAUGGGAAUCAAUUGUUAAAAGUCGCGCGAGGAUCGCGACAGCCCAUUAUCACGAUCCUUCAUAUAAAUGUCUAAAAUAUCUUACGAUUCUUGUAUAUAUGUAUGUAUGUAUGUAAAAGAAGUCACACGUAUUCUUAUUCGAUUUUACUUUCAAAUAUGUAAUCGCUGAACUGACUACUAUUAUACCGAACACUCAUAACCGCAAUCGCUUAAAAACGUUAACGAAAUCAUUACUGCAAAUAUAUUAAUGGCGACUUCAUAUAUAUCUAUGAAUAAAUAAUAAACGAGUA